AUGGUGCAAAGUAGUAAAACUCCUGUUUGUACUCCAAUUGCUUGCGGAACUCAUGGUCACAAAGUAUUUUCUCAGAAAGAGCAAUCAUCUGGGAUACUUGCAAAGAAAAAUAGAAAAAUAGCCAGAAAUGUGAGUUUCAGUUGUAAGGAAUGUAAGAAGAAAUUUAAAGAUAUAUUCAAAUUGACUGUACACAAACAAAUACACAAAAAUGGUGAAGUAUUUACAUGCGAAGAAUGUGGCAAACAGUUUUCACAAAAAUACUCCUUACAAAUUCAUCAAACAAUAGAAAAAGGAAUGAAAAGAUACUCGUGCUUGAUUUGCAGCAAACGUUUCAUCCAUGGUUGCAGUUUGGAAACACAUAUGGCAAAUGAGCACCCACAAACUAAACCUUGGUGCUGCACGAGUUGUGGGAAAAGCUUUCAUUCAAAAAACACUCUGCGUCAGCAUAAUUGCACCCUUAAAGAUAAUUCAGUCAAAGUGCAGUCAUCAAAAUGUGAAAUAUGUAAUGAGCAAUUUGACACCAGACAGCCUCUGAAAGAACACUUAAAGAAACACAACACAGAAAGGGUAUUUGCUUGCUCACAGUGUCCUAAAAGAUUUAUGACUCAACAGGGGCUCAAUCAACAUGAAACUGCCCAUCAAGGUGGCAGACCAUACCAAUGUGGAAUUUGUUUUGUUGGUUUCAUACGAAAGACAAGCCUUACCAAGCAUUAUAAGACUCACACAGUUGAGAAAAUUAUUUCAUGCAAAGUGUGCAAGGCAACAUUUCCUACAGUGACUGGACUUUUGAACCACAGCAAGAGUCACACUAAUGAUGAAUGGAACAGAAUCAAGAAAGAAGGAUCAAAUACAGAAGAUCAGAAAAAUAUAAUUUGCUCUGACAGUUAUCAGUGUUCAGUAUGCAACAAGUUUCUGUCAAAUAAACUGUCUCUGAGUCUUCACAUGCGUACACAUACAGGAGUUAAACCAUAUCAGUGUGAAGAAUGUAAAAAGAGGUUUACACAAAAACCAGCACUAACAUAUCACCAACGUUUACAUACAGGAGAACGCCCUCAUGUUUGCAGAUUUUGCCAGAAGGGCUUCAACUCGAAGGUUGGCAAGGAGAGCCACGAGCGAAUCCACACAGGAGAACGACCCUAUAAAUGCGGACAGUGCGGUUUGGGCUUCAGGUGCAGCGCCAACCUGCGCCAGCACACGUGGAUCCACUCGGACCGGCGGCCGUUCGCGUGCGAGCUGUGCCGCAAGCUGUUCCGGCGCCGCGAGGCCCUGCAGGUGCACAUGCGCAUCCACACGGGCGAGCGGCCGUACGCCUGCCCCAUCUGCAGCCGGCGCUUCACGCAGAAGGGCGACAUGAUGAAGCACACGCGCUCCCACGCCAACGGCACGCAA